AUGGACGUCUUCGCCAUCGAUGACCAAUGCGAGCGGCUCAAGACGCCUUCGUACCUUGAGCUCAUCGUUUCCAUAAUCCUCUUGCUCGGUAUUCUCGUCUCUUACCUCCCCCAGCACUACCGCAUCAUCUCGCGGGGCACGUCAGAGGGCAUCUCUCCCUACUUCGUCCUGCUCGGCACCACUUCCGCCACUGCCGGCUUCGCCAACAUCCUAACCGUCCCGCCGUCGCGUGUUGCCAUCGGCUGUUGCAAGGAUCUCGGUGCCUUUGAAUGCACUGCUGGAUUGCUCGGUGUUUUCCAGCUCGGCGCCCAAUGGGUCUGCUUCAGUCUGAUACUCGUCCUCUUCCUGAUCUUCUUCCGUUAUAGGCAAGCGAAUGUUCCCCCAGAGGAGCUCCGUGGUGAUGCGCCCAAGUGGCAGACGGCCGUCAUGGUCGGCCUGGUCUGCGUCCUGCAUGGCCUGAUUGUCAUCAUUAUCACGGGUGUCUUUUUCAUCGCCCUUCCUGAUCACCUCCUCUUCUGGGCGAACUUCCUCGGCAUCAUGGCCACCGCCCUUGCGGCCGUACAGUACGUGCCGCAGAUCUGGAUGACGUACCACUUGAAACAUGUGGGAAGUUUGAGCAUUCCCAUGAUGUGCAUCCAAACCCCCGGUGGCUUCCUGUUUGCUGCAAGCCUGUUUGCUCGCUUGGGAUGGGAAGGAUGGAGCACUUGGGUCAUCUAUCUGAUCACGGCAACGAUGCAGGGCACGGUGCUGAGCAUGGGCGUGUACUACGAGCUUGCCGCGCGCCGACAGGACACCCACAGCAACGGAUUCGCAAGCACCACCCCACAGUCGCCCGUCCAGUACUCGAGCAUGCCCCGGAGACCGUCGGCCAGCCGGACCUACUCGGAGGGCUGGGAGCGUGGUCUGCCGGGACCGUUUACAGGUCACCCGGAGCGGUACGCAGAGACAGAGGAGGAUUUGGAUGACAUCCAGGAACGUGAGGAGCGGGCGAUUGAGAGGGAGAACCAGCCACUGUUGAGACCCGGAGGCAUUGGCAACCCUCACCGGAACUACGACUCAACAAGGGACUGA